CGUCUCUAUAAAUUCCCAAGCUCAUUGAUUAUAUUCCUAUAACAGAUAGUAUAAAGCAAAAAGUUAAGGUCGAUAUAAAGAAAUGGCGAAAAAAUUAAUAUUAGCCUCUUUUUAUUGCUUGUUUGCAAGUUUUCUUGUGUGUAGAGCUCAAACUACAAUAGCGAGUAUCUAUGUGUUUGGUGAUUCACUAGUUGAUGUUGGAAACAACAAUCACUUACCACUUUCCCUAGUUAAAGCCAAUUUUCCGUACAACGGCGUCGACUUCUCCGGCAACAAAGCCACCGGAAGAUUCUCCAACGGCAAAAAUGCAGCCGACUUUCUAGCUGAGCGAUUGGGUGUGUCAACGCCGCCGCCGUAUCUAUCACAGCCCAAUAAUACGUUUGUCAAAGGCGUAAGCUUUGCUUCGGGCGGAGCCGGAAUCUUGAACACCACUAGUGAUCAAAAGAGCACGAUCUCUUUGCCACGUCAAUUGGGAUACUUCUCCACCGUGAGCCAAAGACUAUCAAAAGAAAUGGGAACAAAGGCAGCACAAGAGCACUUAUCAAAAUCACUGUUUCCCUUUGUGAUUGGUAGCAACGACAUCAUAAAUUACUUCCAGUCAAACUCAGACAUUGCCAAGAAAUACACCCCUCAACAAUACGUUAAUCUCAUGGUCUCCAACCUCAGAGAAAUGCUCAAGGGCGCUCAUAGUCUCGGAGCACGCAAGUUCUUGUUCGUGGGGCUAACCCCGAUAGGAUGUGCGCCCAAGCAAAGGUAUCCGAGUGCAACAAACGAGUGCAACAAUGAUGUAAAUGAGUGGUCAAACAAAUACAACAGCGAGCUCAGGCAGAUGCUGCUUGAGCUGCAGUCGUCGGAGCUCAAAGACUUGCACUACUCUUAUUUUGAUACGUACAAUAUCUUCCUCGACUUCAUCCACAAUCCAUCAACUUAUGGUUUCAAUGAGACAAAAAGUGCUUGCUGCGGACUGGGGAUGACAUUAAGGAGAUGUUUGAUGGAUCGGCCUGCAAAAUCGGACAAGACCAUUGUGCAGAUGUUAGAAGAGAUAAUGAGAAAUUAUUAUAUCGCCCGUCUUUGUAUCAUUUUUCUGAUCUACACUAAGCUGUCUCAGAAUAAGAAAAGGAAGCGUACUCAAUUAGUUCUUCCUUAUAGCCAGAUGGACAGGGUAGACUUACAAGUCAGUCAUCUGAAUAGGUUAGUCGGUGUUACCGACACUGAUUGCAUAGUCAACCUUAGAAUGGACAGGAAUGCGUUUGGUAGAUUAUGCUCUCUAUGCCGAUAG